AUGAGAAGUCUUGUAGAUUUGGAAGAGAAAGUAUGGACCUCUGGAUAUUAUGUCGAUACACCUUCAUUAUUUAUUCUUCCGAUGGUCAAAGAAGGAGCAAAACCUACAAAACUGGAAACAUUUCCACUGGAUAGGGUUAUUUUUGAUAUGUGUUUUAAUUUUGAGGGAGAUCUGGUCUUCAGUGAUUGUGCAGAAGGAUCUGUGAACAUCUGGAAAGACGAUCAAGUAAAAGAGGUAGUGAGGCUCCAAGACUGGACUCCAAUGGGAGUACACGCUACAAAAGAAGACAUUCUCGUUUGUAUGAUACAUACAAGUACGUGUGAUAAGAAGAUUGUUCGUCAUAGACAAGGUUCCACCGAGCAUUUUGAAUAUGAUCAAGAUGGAGAACCUCUUUUUAGUGACGUUGAUGAGACUUUAUAUAUAGCGGUGAAUCAGGAUUCCGAUCUCUGUGUGUCUGAUUAUGGAGCAAAUAAAGGUCUUGUCCUAAACAAAAGCGGACUUUUACAAUUCACUUAUACAGGUGAAACAUUUUUGGAUGCAGAACCAUUUGGUCACGUGGCAUUAUGA